AUGGUGCCGCCGUCCAAGAAACGAAAGCUUCCGUCCGUCGCCGCACCGGCUGCGAAGCGCUCCAAGAAUUCGGCCAAGGGCGCUGCUGCGAAAACAAACCCCAAAGUUGCCGGCAAGGCCAAGGCAAAGCCUGCGCGGCGCCUGGUCGAGGCUACUUCUCUGGCCUGGCAAUCGGUGGGAGAGGAAUUCGGCGGGCUCGAGGUGAUUGAGGGAGUUGAUGUGGUAAGAAAUGGUGGGACUGUGCAGUUUUUAGUGGCGGAGCAGCAGCAGCAGCAGCAGCAGAACGCCGACUCUUCCGAUUCAACACCACGACAGGGGGCGGCAGAGAUCCAAGAUGCCGUCGGUGAACCUGCUCAAGGGCCUGGCGACGGCGCUGUGGAAGGCGAGGAUGUCGAUCCCGGCCAAGCUGGCGAUUCUCAAGGUGGCGUGGAGGGCAAGGGGAGCCAAAAGAAGGCUGCAAGAAAGGACAGGGCCGGGGAGCAGAAGAAGGAAGCAGGCGGGAAGCUGGCGGCGGCCGCGAAAGAGCUACAAAAGCCCGCUUCACACAAGCAGCAGCAAGGCAACAAGCAGCAGCAAGGCAGCAAGCAGCAGGGCAACUCCUUCGACGCCCUCAUGGCCGUGGACGACGCCGCCGAAGAAGAAGCAGACAUGGGUGCCUGGGUGGAGCUGAACCUGUCGACGCGCACCGUGUCUGCGAUUGCGAGGCUGGGAUUCGCGAAGCCGACGCUGAUCCAGCAGAAGACGAUUCCCGAGAUCCUGGCGGGCGACGACGUGAUUGGAAAGGCGCAGACGGGAUCGGGAAAGACGCUGGCGUUUGGCAUCCCGAUUGUGGAGAAGUGGCUGGAGCUGUACGUGGACAAGACGAAUGUCAAGCGGGAGGGCCCGACGGCGGUUGUUCUCAGCCCGACGAGAGAGUUGGCGAAGCAGAUCUCGGACCACAUCAAGGCGCUGUGCGAUGGGUUGCCGACUGCGCCGUACGUCUGCACGGUUACGGGUGGUUUGAGCAUUCAGAAGCAGCAGAGACAGCUGGAGAAGGCUGACAUUGUCAUUGCGACACCGGGUCGUCUUUGGGAGGUCCUGGACGGCGACAUGAGUCUGCAGGAAUCCUUUACCAAGAUCAAAUUCCUGGUUGUCGACGAGGCGGAUAGACUAUUCAAGGCGGGACAGUUCAAGGAGGCGGAAGAUAUCAUUGGUGCGUUGGAUCGACGAGACCCGGAGGCCGAUGACGAGGAUGACGAUGAACUUCCUCCCCGACAGACGCUUGUUUUCUCGGCUACUUUUGAUAAGAAUCUGCAGUCUAAAUUGGCGGGCAGAGGCAAGGGCUCCAAGACGGGGAGCGAUGAGGAAAAGAUGGAGUAUCUGAUGAAGAGUCUCAAGUUCCGGGGCGAGCCCAAGUUUAUCGAUGUCAACCCGGUGUCGCAGAUGGCUGAUGGCCUGAAGGAGGGCUUGAUUGAAUGCGGUGCCAUGGAAAAGGAUCUCUACUUGUACACCGUUCUUGUCCUCAACCCCGGCCGUCGCACUCUCGUCUUUACAAACUCCAUCUCCGCCGUUCGCCGUCUCACGCCUCUCCUCCAGAACCUCGGCCUCUCAGCGCUCCCCUUGCACUCUCAAAUGAUUCAAAAAGCGCGUCUGCGAUCCAUUGAGCGCUUCGCCGCUGCCAGCAACUCCAUCCUCGUCGCGACAGAUGUGGCCGCUCGAGGUCUCGAUAUCAAAGAAGUCGACCAAGUUUUGCACUACCACGUGCCUCGCCAGGCGGACACUUAUAUCCAUCGAUCGGGUCGAACUGCUCGUGGCGAUCGUUCUGGUAUCAGUGUUAUCCUGUGUUCCCCAGAGGAAGUCUUGCCGACUCGUCGUCUGGCGAGCAAAGUCCAUUCCGAACGAGAGGGCGGCGGCGGCGGCGUCAAGCGUGAGCAUUUCAUCGAGACGCUCGCCAUUGACAGGAAAAUCGCCGCUCGCCUCAAGUCUCGCGUUGAUCUUGCCAAGCGCAUUGCCGAUGCCGUGUUGGCAAAGGAAAAGGGCCAUAGCGAAGACGCGUGGUUGCGGAAUGCCGCCGAGGAACUUGGUGUGGAUUACGAUUCGGAAGAGUUCGAUGGUACGGCGCCCGGGAACUGGGGUGGCAGGGGAGGAGGGCGGAAGAAGAAGGAGAAGGAGGCUCGGCAGCUGAGUAAAGCGGAGAUGGGAGCGUUGAGGGCGCAGUUGCGUGAGGAGCUGAGCAGGAGGGUGAAUCUUGGGGUGAGCGAGAAGUACAUCACGGGAGGGAGAGUUGAUGUUGGUGCGUUGUUGAGGGAGAGGGAGAAGGGGUCUGUCGGGGGGCUGUUUUUGGGGGGAGAUGGGCUUAUGGGGCUGAAUAUAUAG